UUUCUUUGGAAACCUAUCCAAAGGAUGAUUCUGCCCCUGAGACACAAGGACAAACCGAGGCUGGGCAGUUCAGCUCAGAGUAGACGUGAAUGGUGGGGAGGUGAAGGAGUGGUCUCUCUCGUUGAAGCUCUUUGUUUUCACUUUGUUUGGGACAGUUUGCAUUCGAUUGGGAGAGUUUUGUGACUGACACCUAAAAUUAAAGUCAAACUUGGCUUUUGAAGAAUUUAAAAUUCCUAGAUGUCUCUUCUUAUAGAAUUCCUGAUGGUUUAAAGUUUCUUGGCAAUUAUCUCCUUGGAUUCUGGACUCCACUUCAGGUCUACACUUCAGGUUUACUUAUUUUAAAGCAGUGUUGGCUUAUUCAUCUCGCAGCCAUGCCGGUCCGGAUCAUGUGCACCAUCUCCUUUUCUGCGGACGAUGAGCCCGCGAGAGGAUAUGGCAAAGAUGGAUUCGAUGACCACUACAAGCGUGUUAAUAAGGGUUACGAUGACAGUGGCUCGCAGGACUACCUGGAUGGGUGUAGUCAGGGGGAUGAUUACAAUGACGAGGAAGACGUCACUGAGGUGGACGACAUAGCCACUUUCUUCAGUGGUUGCUCCCUCCAUGGCGCCAACCACGUGUUUGUGGAGGACAAGAAGUUCAGUAUUCGCCAGGGUCUCUGGGCGAUUGUCUUCACCUUGGCUCUGUCCGCUUUCUUGUAUCAGGUAGCCGACAGAAUCCUUUACUACCUCCAGUAUGAUCGCAUCACGAUGCUGGAUGAGAAAGUGGCCAAUAACAUGACUUUCCCGGCCAUCACCAUCUGUAACUACAACUUUGUGAGGAAGUCUCAGAUGAGCUACAGCGAUCUGAUUUUCAUGGGCCCUCUGCUGGGCUUCGAAGAGGGAAUGGCGCCGGGGUUCCCGCUCGCGCCAGAGCCAGAUCGCCCUCCAGGCUCUCGCUUCAGCCUUGAUGAGUUCCACACUCGCACACGACACCGCAUGGAAGACAUGCUGCUAGAGUGUAACUUCAGAGGCUUGGACUGCGGACCAGAGAACUUCAUGCAGAUAUUCACACGCUACGGAAAGUGCUACACCUUCAAUUCUGGCCAAGAUGGACGACCUCUCAUGGUGACGAUGAAGGGUGGGAUGGGGAACGGCCUGGAGCUGAUGUUGGACAUCCAGCAGGAUGAAUAUCUACCUGUGUGGGGAGAGACUGACGAGACGUCAUUUGAAGCGGGGAUCAAAGUUCAGAUCCACACCCAGGAUGAGCCACCGUUCAUAGAUCAACUGGGCUUUGGAGUAGCGCCGGGGUUUCAGACCUUCGUCUCCUGUCAGGAACAACGGCUGACGUACUUACCCCCGCCGUGGGGCGACUGCAAGGCCACGCCAAUGGACUCAGACUUCUUCAGCACUUACAGCAUUACAGCGUGCCGAAUCGACUGUGAGACCCGAUACCUGGUGGAGAACUGCAACUGCAGGAUGGUCCACAUGCCUGGAGAUGCCCCAUACUGCACCCCAGAGCAAUACAAGGAGUGUGCGGAUCCUGCCUUGGACUUUCUUGUCGAGAGAGACAAUGACUACUGUGUGUGCGAGACACCGUGCAACAUGACGCGCUACGGAAAAGAGUUGUCCUUUGUCAAGAUACCCAGCAAAGCCUCAGCCAAGUACCUCGCAAAGAAAUUCAACAAGACAGAGCAGUACAUUGCUGAUAACAUUUUAGUUCUGGAUAUCUACUUUGAAGCGCUGAACUACGAAACCAUCGAACAAAAGAAAGCCUAUGAAUUGGCGGGCCUUCUGGGUGAUAUCGGAGGUCAGAUGGGUCUCUUCAUCGGAGCCAGCAUCCUCACGAUUCUGGAACUUUUCGACUAUUUAUAUGAGGUGAUCAAGUACAAGCUGUGCCGAUGCGCGAAGAAGAAACACAAAGGCCGCAAGAACAACGACCGGGGAGCUGUGCUGAGCCUGGAUGAUGUGAAACGCCAUGCUCCUUGUGAGAACCUGCGCACACCAUCGACAUAUCCUGGCAACAUGCUACCUCAUCACCCGGCCCAGGGCAACUUUGAAGACUUCACUUGCUGAGCAGACCCAGUGUGAAGCAACAAAGUGCGCGUUAUGCAACCAAAGCUAACAACACAACAAGAACUUCUCCAACACAGGGAGCGCGAGGAACUGGUACAGAGUCUAACAAAAGGCACUUUUUACUUAGAAACGGGAGUAAAGCAGACAAAUCAAAUAAGACAAAUAUGGUGAAGGAACUUUUAAACCCGAGGCACAGCUGAGAGGAAAUCCCAAAUAUAAAAAUAUCUGUUAAUUUUCCAGCAAACUUUUCAAGCAGCACUCUUCUAUCUGUGUUUUUUCUCUGGAAUACUGCCGCAAAGAAUGCUCAAGGAGAAACCUCGCCAACAAGGACCUCUCUUUCAAAAGACAGAAACAUCAAAAAAAAGUGUAAAAAUAACCAAGGGAACAUGUACAGUUAUCUCACCAUAGACAGCAGAUCAGAGAAAAGAGCCCCCAUGCCUUUAUAUAACACAGCAACACACGAUGGUUUUACUCUCCACAAAGGACAAAAAUCCAUCCUGCUUACUCCACUGUACAUGUAGCAACAUCUGUAACUGUUGCAGUGCUCCAUGAAACAACAGCCGGACUCUGUGUCAUUUGUAUGAGAAUGUAUCUAUGUUUGCAAUGAGUGUAGUCGGGUGUGCAGGGACGUUUUGGGGUCGUAGAGGUAGAGGUGCAUCAUCUACCGUUUGAAAUGUACUGGUGAAGAUUUCAGGUCUCAUCAUGUAAAUGCAUGCUCGUAUGUGUCCAGUGCAUGUUUUUCAUUUCAUUUAUAAUUUUUCUUUUUUUUUUAUAUACGAAUAUAUAAAAAUUAUAAGUACCAAGUUUGCCUCAAUGAUAUAAUGGAAAAGGAAGAUGAUACAUCCCAUAUAUUUAUGUGUAUGUGUGUAGCUAUGCAGUAUGCGUGCGUGUGCGUGUGCGUUCAUGGGUGUCUACGUCCAAGCAGGAAUAGAAGAGUGUCCUGAUUGCAUGAAUGGAUAAGCUGCAGCUAAUUUCCAUUUCUCAUCAGUUCCUUUUUUUACAUUUCCACAUGUGCCCGAUGAGUCGAGGAGUCUUCAUUCAUUUGCUCUUAUCUCGACUGCGAGGUGAGGUGACGGGAGGAUCUUUAUUUCUUUUCCAGGAGUGUUGAUGAUUACUGAAAUCCUUGGGAGUUUCGUGGGGUUGUUACAAUUUUUUCUGUAUCUGUGUUCUAGUUGCAAACGUCUUAUCAAAGCACAAUACCGCCAGUAUGUAGAGGUGAUGUAAAAGACAACGUACUAUUCUUCUUGAUAUAUUGUCAUAUUAUUAAUAUCGUAUUGAGCCAACUGUUUUUUAGGUUGAUUUCUUUCUUUUCAUAUAAAAACAUACUCAAUUAUUGCCUGAUAAUCCUUCUUCCAGGUAAUAGGCUGGUUUAUUUAGUUAUCAAAAGCAUAAAUAAAAUGUAAAUACCAUUUUGGAAAUUACUCUUCUUCUGAGGUUUUAUUCUUAUCGAUGAGUUUCCUCUCUGAAGCCUUCAUUUGUCUGUUUGGUUGAUAGAUAAAAAGAUUCAAACUACUGUAUUUUUCAACUGCAGAUACUGUGCAAAUGCAAAUUUUGAAUCAUAAGUAGCUCUCAGAAUAUUUCAUUAAGCUGUCUGCUCUUCAUCUAAGAAACUUUGCUCUCAUUUUUUUUCUAAUCAACAUGCUAACUUGUUUUUUUUCCCCUCAUGCAACAUUUUUUUAAGAAUUAAAUCAGCGUUAAGCGAGAGGAGCGGCCUGGUUUCAAAAUAGAUAUUACUCACCUACUUCCCCCAUGUUCAGCAGCCACAACCAAACACAGUGGUUUUUUUUAGAGCUCUCUUGAAAUGUAAUUACAGUUUCAGCUGCUAUUUGACAAAAAGGAUGGAUGAGAAAUAUCCUGCACAGCCAAUACAAGUUUUAUCAAGAUUGUCAGUCAGCGACGCACAUUACAGACUGCUCGUAUUCCACUGUACAUCUGGUGCUGCAGACUGACACACUUGUAUCAGAGAAGCAGCUCCAUGAUGCAUGACUCUGAAUAUUAGAAUUCAGUUAUACUUCCUUAAACAUGGUCUGCCUCCAAAUUGGUGUUAUGGCCACACAUCCGUCCGCUGCUACUGCUGAGCACAGAGGGGUUACUUCAGGACGAGGAGUUUACUUUAGCUUAUAGUACCUUAAGCGUGAAAACCAAACAUCAUCAUUGUUUAUCAACUGUAAGAGUGCAUUCAUAUUUUAUUAUUCAGAGGAGAAAUCGCCUCUGCAUUAAUGUACAAGUGUCAAAGCUGCGGGGAACCAGCUCCACCAUCUGAUGAAGAUUUUUUUUCUCCCUGUCUUGAAUGAUUGAAACAUGAUUUUGCCCCCUGAUGGUUUUAUUACUUUCUGUUUGUACCUGCCAAGAAGACAAAUUAAUCAAAAAUAAAAGACGAUCCUGUUCAUUU